AUGCGACAUAAAAAAGGGAAAAUGCCAGUGGUGGCAACGGAGAGAUAUGGCUCCCUCGAGUCAUGGAAAUAUCAGUUGAAGGAUGGAGUGAUGGAGAGAGAAAAGAGAAGCGGCGACGGUGGGACAACUGGAAAAUCCAUCAUUGGCGUGUUCAAAAGUGUCUUCUUGCCUCAAGGGUAUCCAGAGAGUGUCAGUGGCGAUUACCUGCAGUAUCAAUUUUGGGAUACUCUGCAGGCCUUCUUCAGUUCUCUUUCAGGUACUCUUGCCACCCAGGCCUCAUUAAUGGGUGUUGGUGUUGGAAACCAAGAGGCAACAGUUGCUGCUGCAACAAUUACCUGGUUGUUACGAGAUGGCACAGGCAUGCUGGGAAGAAUCUUCUUUGCUUGGCUUAAAGGGAAUAAACUGGACUCUGAGGCCAAAAAAUGGAGGCUUGUCGCUGAUGUUCUCAAUGAUAUCGCCAUGUUCAUUGAAAUACUGGCUCCUAACUUCCCAACAUGCUUCACUCUAAUUGUGUGCUCUGCAGGAAUAUUCAAGUCCAUUGUCGGGGUUGCAGGUGGGGCCACCAGAGCUGCUUUGACUGUUCACCAAGCUCGCAGAGACAACAUGGCGGACAUCUCUGCCAAAGACGGCAGCCAGGAUCUUAUUGUGAUGCAUGUGUUCUUUGCAGGAGACUUAGUGAAUCUGGCUGGACUGCUGGUCAGUCUGAUCCUUAUUCCUCUGGUCACUGACAAUCGACUGCUGACGUUCGUCCUCUUCUUCCUUUUCAACAUCCUCCACCUUUUUGCAAAUUACCAAGCAGUGCGUUCGGUUGUCAUGGAGACACUCAACGAGGCUCGGCUUGCCAUUGUGCUCCACCAAUACCUGAGAGAUGGACUGGUCCUCGGUCCACUAGAGGCCAAUCAUAAAGAGCCUGUAUUCUUGGAGUUCAGGAGGACAGUUCCAAUCAAACUGGGAGUGAGGCUAGGGGAAUUUGUUCAUACGUCAGAGGACCUUCAUUUGGCUAUGAAAAACAACCACAAGCCCUACCUUAUCGGAGUCAAACGUGGCUCUGUGUGUGUGUGUUUGGGACCAGAUGCAUCUGUAUGUGAUGAGAUCAGGGCUGUGUGCCAAGCUGUGUGCCUCUGCACUGUGUUACACCCUGUCUCGCCACUGGAGGGGGCUCUCAAACAACUCUCAAUGUCACACAGCAACAAUCAUUGGGAGCUGGUGCAUGAGAGUCAUAAGCUUAUGGACCACAUUUUUCAGCCAUUCCUCAAAGCUCUGGAGGUAGCUGGAUGGCAGACCAGUCGAACCCUACUGGACUGGAAUGAAUGGAGGGUGGAGUGGAAGAAGAAGAGCAGUUAGUGGAGAGAGGCAGGGUCUCUGGAGAGCAGCAACUGCAAGGCAAUAGGCUGAGCUCUCUGUCGAACAUUAAUUGUGAGAUGCUCAAAGAUGAAUAUGCUCAGAUUCAUUUAAAGGUUUAUGUCCUUUUUUGGUACAUUUUAUACAAACUUCAGAAUAAACUUGACCAUAACUUUAACCAUCAUUUAUGUCCAGUGUGAUAUUACCAGCCCCUGAAAGUAAGCCUCUGACUAACCGGAUACAUCAUCUAGUGAUAGCCAGCUAGCUAGUCACAGUCUGACAUAGUGCAAUACAAUAAUUGUUUGGAAAGGGUUCUCACAGGACCUCUGGAAUAUUGAAUAAAAUUACAUUUGAACUUA